AUGGCUUCCAGCCCGCUGCCGUUUGAGAAGGCCAAGUCGUCCGCCACCACCGUGAUGUGGCAGGUCUACCGUCAACGACCGCGGACCCCAAGAUCCAAAGCCAUCACUUACUCCAUUAUCGCAUUCCUUUCCUUUCUUGUUAUACUCUCCUCAUCACACGGGCAGUCCGAGCCAGAUUUCUGGACCAAGUUCCCAUCGUAUCAUCCAUUCACUGAAAUCCCUGAAAACGCGCAGGUCGCACUUCCUCGACGAUCCGAUGUCUCAAUCAACGGUACCCUCCCUCACGACUUGGACAAGCCCAACCCGAAUCUCCAUGUCCUGGUGCCCUUGCAGCAGGGCUCACGCGGCGCUUGUCGAACACUGGCAUCGGCCAUGAUUCUGGGAUACCCACCUCCAAUCCUGGUCGGAUACGGACAGGACAAGAGUGGUGCGACCGAGUUCGAGCGCAUAGUGGACCGGAUCACUCGCUUGCGCGAUUACCUGAAACCGAGCCAUACCGUGAAGGAUCAUGAUCUGAUACUGGUCGUCGACGCCGAGGAUGUCUUCUUCCAACUCCCCCCGGAGAUUCUGGUUACGCGCUUCCAGGAGAUUCUACGAACGAAUAAUCGGAAGUUAUUGAAAAAGCAUGGGUACACGAAGCUAGAGAAAGAAACCGAGGAUGCUCCCCCGGAUUUAGUGCCGAAAUACUCGCAGCGCGUGCUCUUUGGUGCAAGUAAAUUGUGCUAUAGUGCUCUGGAGGAGGACCCGGGCUGUGUUUCUAUCCCCGAGUCGUCAUUGCCUCCGGAUGUGUAUGGCUGGAAGACGGACAUCUAUCCUGAUGGGCAUUUGAAUCGGCCACGAUGGCUGAAUCCGGGUGCGGUGAUUGGUCAAGCUGCGGAUCUCCGACUUAUCUACGAUGAGGCCCUGCGGAUUCUCGAGCAGCGUAUCAAAAAGCACGGCGACUACCAAGCUCUGACGCAGAUGUAUGGCCGUCAAGAGGUGGUCCGCGAGCUGGAACGACGUCGCACUACUAACGGUUUGAAGGAGUGGUUCCAAGGACUGCUGGGCAUUAAUGAAGCCACAAAUAUCACGAACAUUCGUCUCCGUCUGGAGACAGGUCACCGGUAUGAGUACGGUAUCGGAGUCGACUUCGAGUCGCAGAUGUUCUUCAAUCAGAUCCUCUCUCGCAAUGAUGUCGAGUGGAUCAAGUACAACAACAUCACUAAGACAUCCGUCCUCCAAGGACAGUUUGGUGUCCCCCGUGAGCACCGUCUUCUUCUUCCAAGUGAUAUUGCCGCACUUCCAAACCCUUUCAACCAGACCCGGCUUGCCAAAACUAUGACCACACUUCCGGAAUGGAAUGCCACACUAGACAAGCUACCAAACCCAGAAGAGCAUUCAUGGCACAACGUACCCCUAAUGACAAAUCCUCACUCUGCUGCUGUCCCCGUCCUUGCCCAUCUUAACGGUGACCAGAAACUUCGCAACACAUGGUGGGAGAAGAUGUGGUUCUUCCCCUGGGGCCGUGCCCUCCUCCGCCGAUAUGUGCGCUCCUCUCAUGGGUUCGACGCUGCACAGUCUUCCCUUCUGGGCGGCCAAGAGUGGUGGAAUAUGCGCGGUGGACGAGGCGGAGUCUGGACAGACGAGGAGAACUGGGUUGCCUUUUCGGAUGUCUGCGAGGGCCAGGAGCGUGAUCUCUUCGAUGAUGAUCUGGGUCCCUGGGCUAAGGAGAAUGGCGAUCCUGAUGAGCCGGUCUACAAUAAAUUUGGUAAUCUCAUAUACGGCAAAGAAGCUCCAGAUGGAGAGAAGUCAUAG